GCUAAAAAAGAGUCGGACAAAGAGAUGAAUCAAGCGGCCAAAUUCUCAUCUUCGCCGGAAGACUCCCUUCCCCAUUGGCUCCCCUGAUCUCAUCAUCCUUCAGAUAAGCUUCUUGGUAAAAGAAUCAGCUUCAGCCCAUUUGAGCGAAGUUCAUCUUCAAAUCGUCCCACCCCACUUUCUGAUUCGGGGCUUCUGUGAUUGAACCAUGGCCUCUGCGAUGUUCACUGCUCCCUGCGGUGUCCGUUCUGCCGAGGGCGCCGACUGCCAAAACUAUGUGGGUCUCCGACCAAACACCGGCUUGAAGUUCAAUGCUUCCGUUACUGUUAAAACUGCGAUGAAUGCUCGGCGGCUGUUUGCCGUGAGGGCGAGCGAGAAGCGCGAUGAGUCCAUUAAGAAGCUCGGGAUGACUGAUGCGGAAUGUGAGGCUGCCGUAGUGGCUGGGAAUGCUCCGGAUGCCCCUCCUGUUCCUCCGAAACCUGCCUCUCCCGCUGGAACCCCUGUGGUCUCUUCUCUGCCACUUAGUCGGCGUCCUCGUCGUAAUCGGAGGACUCCUGCAAUGAGGGCAUCCUUCCAGGAAACUAAUCUCUCACCUGGAAACUUUGUAUACCCGCUUUUCAUUCAUGAAGGUGAGGAGGAUACACCAAUCGGAGCUAUGCCUGGAUGCUAUAGGCUUGGGUGGAGGCAUGGACUAAUUGAGGAGGUUGGGAAAGCUCGGGAUGUUGGUGUCAACAGUGUUGUACUCUUCCCCAAAGUUCCUGAUGCUUUGAAGACUCCCACAGGUGAUGAAGCAUACAAUGACAAUGGCUUGGUUCCACGAGCUAUCAGAUUGCUCAAGGAUAAGUACCCCGACCUCGUUAUCUACACUGAUGUUGCUUUGGAUCCUUAUUCCUCGGAUGGGCAUGAUGGUAUUGUUCGAGAAGAUGGGGUUAUACUGAAUGAUGAAACAGUGCAUCAGCUAUGCAAGCAAGCCGUUUCCCAGGCCCGAGCUGGGGCAGAUGUUGUCAGCCCUAGUGAUAUGAUGGAUGGUCGAGUUGGAGCAAUUCGAGCAGCUCUUGAUGCUGAAGGGUUCCAGCAUGUUUCCAUCAUGUCCUACACGGCGAAGUAUGCCAGUUCGUUUUAUGGUCCAUUUAGAGAGGCAUUGGACUCUAACCCACGUUUUGGUGACAAGAAGACUUAUCAGAUGAAUCCAGCUAACUAUCGGGAGGCUUUAGUGGAGCUCCGUGCUGAUGAAGCCGAAGGAGCCGACAUUCUUCUGGUGAAACCUGGUCUGCCUUACUUGGAUGUUAUAAGGCUUCUCCGAGACAAUUCUCCUCUACCAAUUGCUGCAUAUCAGGUGUCGGGAGAGUACUCAAUGAUAAAGGCUGGUGGGGUCCUCAAAAUGAUUGAUGAAGAGCGGGUCAUGAUGGAGUCACUGAUGUGCCUCCGGAGGGCAGGGGCUGACAUUAUUCUCACCUACUUUGCACUACAAGCUGCCCGAUGUUUAUGCGGGGAGAAGAGGUGAGGAGCUCCGGUGAGUGAGAGGAUGCAGCGGUUGCGAUAUAUGUUCAGACAGAGCCUUUUGUAGUGUUGGUGAAAUCCCCCAUGAGCCAUUUUAUUUUAUUUUUUUUGUUUUCUUUUUCUUUUUCUUUUUCCUUUAAAGGUUAAUGAUAGUUAAUCCAGGGGGAAAUAAGAAUGGAGUCAAUCAAGACUGUUGAUUUACGGGUACAUGUACUGAGAGUUGAAUUGAAGAGAAUAUUCAUUAUUAUUGUUCGGUCCCAGUUCUGCGGCCAAAUAUUCGGGAUCCAACAAUUCUCAAUGCAGAAGCAGUUUCGGAUCUUCGUUUGAUAAA